AUGGCUGCUAUUCCCCCCUCCGAGCAAACAGCCCUCCUCGAAAAUGGGCGAACAAAUUCACUCACAAAUGACAACGAACACCUUCCUUUCACAAAACGCUUCCUGAAAGCUGUUAAAGCCGAAGGAGAACCGUCCUGGGCUGCAUCCUACCGGUUUUUCUUCUUCGGCUCGUGGCUGAACAUCCUCCUUGUUUUCGUGCCCUUCAGCUUCCUCAGUCACUGGCUUAACUGGGAUGCUGCCCUACGCUUUAGUUUUUCGUUCAUUGCAAUUAUGCCGUUGGCAAAGGCAAGGGACGCCACUGACCAACUCUCAUUCAAACUCGGUCAAACACUUUCUGGUCUCUUGAACGCAUCUUUCGGCAAUGCCGUGGAAAUUAUCGUCGGUGUGGCGGCGCUACUCCAAAAUGAAAUCCGCAUUGUUCAGACAUCUAUGUUGGGAUCGAUCCUAUCUAAUUUACUUCUUGUGCUUGGCUGCUCGUUUUUGGCUGGUGGUUACAUGCGUAAAGAGAAUUAUUUCCAUGAAACAGGCGCACAAGCAUCAGCAUCAUUAAUGACACUUGCUUGUAUCACUCUCGUGCUCCCUGCUGCAUACCACAGUUCCAAGGCAGCUGAUGAGGGUCCAUUUAGUACUGGAGAAGGUAGUCUCAGUAAAGCUUUUAACGCUCUUCUCACCGGAGACGAGACAAUCUCCCGUCCCCAUGAUCCGUCGAGAUCGGGUUUGCUCGCCAUUUCACGAGGGACAGCUAUCUUGCUUCUCGUCGUCUAUGCCGCUUAUCUCAAUUUUCAGCUCAGAACGCAUGCUCAUUUCUUUGUUCAACCAAGAAGGAGAACCGAUGACGCAGGACACGAUAUCGCAGAACGUGGUGACGAGGAAGAUGAAGAAAUCGAGACCCCGGAAAUGAGCGCAGUUGCAGCGGGUUCUGCGCUAUUGCUCGUGACUGUCAUUACAUCGUUCUGUGCUGAUUAUCUGGUCGCGUCCAUCGAAGAGACGGCAACGCGGUAUCAUAUCCCGAAAGCCUUUAUUGGUAUCAUCCUUCUUCCUAUAGUGGCAAAUGCUGCAGAACAUGUCACAUCCGUCUGGAUGGCAAUGAAAAACAAGACCGAACUCACAAUUGGUAUCUGUGUCGGCAGCUCCAUUCAAAUCGCAGCAUUUGUCGUUCCUUUGCUCGUUAUUGUUGGUUGGGCAACUGGUCACCAGCUUACGUUGUUCUUCGCUGACUUCGAGACAAUCUCCUUGUUUGUCUCUGUAUUUUUGGUCAAUUUGCUAAUAAUGGAUGGGAGGUCGAACUACAUGGAGGGCCUUAUGUUGAUCACUCUGUACCUCGUGAUUGCAUUAGCAUUUUGGGUUUCCUGAGUUCUGUGAAACGCGGAUUAUUUAUACCAAUCCAUGUUCUUCUACAACUCUCGAUCUCUGUCUUAUUUUUGUCAUUCUUAACUCUUCCUUCACUUCUUAUUCCGAUGCGCUACCCCCGCCCUUCUUCACC